CAGAGUUGCUCCAGCAGUGGUGCUCCCUCACGUACUCUCCAACACUGCGCCAUCUUCACUACACCAUUAUCAUCUCUCUCUCCAUCUUGCUGGAGGUUGUGCUCCAUCUACCCUGACGGCUGCCCUCACCGCUGCCCUCACUGCUGCCAAGGCAACAACCAUGACUAUUGCCAAGCCUGUUAUGCGGGGCCUUUUGGCUUCCCAAAUUAAGAGGAACAUUAUAAUUGCUUGUGGUCUCAGUAUUGUAGCUGCCACAUCAUGGAAACUCUUGGUUCAGGAUCCCAGGAAACGUAUCUAUGCUGAGUUUUACAAGAAUUAUGAUGCUCAGGCUGAGUUUGACCGUAUCAGGAAUCUUGGUUUGUUCACCUCCUGUAAGCCAGAUGGAGAAGUAGAAGAGUAAUAUGACUUAAGCAAAAUAGCAUCUUUUUCAAUUCCAGGUUGUGUGUAACACUGAUGGACAAUUGUGUUUACUGUACAAAUGCUGUGUAUAGAAUGUAAAUUAUACUAUGAAAACUAA